CAUGGCAACAAGAAUCUCCAAAUCCAAGUUCAGUCGGUACUCGCGGCGGUGGAACCGUCUGUGUCGUCGUAAAUGUCGAGCGGGGGUCAAAUCCAGCGUGUUCUAUUGGCUGGUAAUCUUCCUGGUCUUCCUCAACACUCUAACCAUCGCUUCAGAGCACCAUAAACAGGCUGACUGGCUCACAGAUGCCCAAGACAUAGCCAACAAGGUCCUGCUGGCAUUGUUUACAGGGGAGAUGCUGUUAAAGAUGUACAGCCUGGGUCUACAGGCCUACUUCGUGUCUCUGUUCAACCGCUUUGACAGCUUCGUGGUGUGUGGAGGCAUCCUGGAGACCAUUCUGGUGGAGACCAAGAUCAUGUCCCCGCUAGGCAUCUCUGUGCUUCGCUGCGUACGCCUUCUACGCAUCUUCAAAAUCACAAGGUAUUGGAACUCUCUGAGUAACCUGGUGGCAUCGCUGCUUAACUCUGUUCGCUCCAUCGCCUCCCUGUUACUGCUACUCUUCCUCUUCAUCAUCAUCUUCAGCCUGCUCGGCAUGCAGCUCUUCGGAGGCAAGUUCAACUUCGACGAGACGCGCCGGUCAACCUUCGACAACUUCCCCCAGUCGCUGCUCACCGUCUUUCAGAUCCUGACAGGUGAGGACUGGAACUCGGUGAUGUAUGACGGCAUCAUGGCCUACGGAGGGGCGUCCUUCCCAGGGAUGCUAGUCUGUAUCUACUUCAUCAUCCUGUUCAUCUGUGGAAACUAUAUCCUCCUGAAUGUCUUCUUGGCCAUCGCCGUGGACAACCUGGCUGAUGCUGAGAGUCUGACGUCCGCACAGAAGGAGGAGGAGGAGGAGAAGGAGAGGAAGAAGCUGGCCAGAACGGCCAGUCCGGAGAAGCGCCAUGUCAACGAAAAGCCCCCGAUGAUCGAGGUAGAAGAGAAGAAGGAGGAGAAGAUUGAGCUGAAGUCCAUCACCUCAGACGGAGAGACAACCAAUGCCACCAAGAUCAACAUUGAUGAGUACCAAGUAGAUGUGAAUGAAGAGAAGAACCCAUAUCCAGCUAAUGAUUUUCCCGGUACCACUGUACCGGUGAUAAAAAGAGAGGAUGAGGACCCUGAGAUGCCGAUGGGCCCCCGGCCUCGGCCCCUGUCUGACAUUCAGCUGAAGGAGAAGGCUAUUCCCAUGCCUGAGGCCCGGGCUUUCUUCAUCUUCAGCAACACCAACAAGUUCAGGGUUCUGUGCCAUAAGAUGGUGAACCACAACAUCUUCACCAACCUCAUCCUGUUCUUCAUUCUACUGAGCAGUAUCUCUCUGGCAGCAGAGGACCCUGUCCGGAACGACUCCUUCAGGAACCAGAUAUUAGGCUAUGCAGACCACGUCUUCACUGGGCUCUUCACCAUAGAGAUCAUUCUGAAGAUGACAGCGUACGGGGCGUUCAUCCAUAAGGGUUCGUUCUGUCGGAACUACUUCAACAUUCUGGAUCUGGUGGUGGUCAGCGUGUCGCUCAUCUCCUCUGGAAUACAGUCCAGUGCCAUCAACGUGGUGAAGAUCCUUCGUGUUCUCAGAGUGCUUCGGCCCCUGAGGGCUAUCAACAGGGCCAAGGGCCUCAAACAUGUGGUCCAGUGUGUGUUCGUGGCCAUCCGAACCAUCGGAAACAUCGUGAUCGUCACCUCUCUGCUGCAGUUCAUGUUCGCCUGCAUCGGAGUACAACUCUUCAAGGGGAAGUUUUUCUACUGCUCAGACAGCUCCAAGUCUACAGAGCCUGAAUGCAGGGGUUCAUACAUCAUGUAUAAGGACGGGGAUGUGGGGAAGCCAGAGAGGUCCAUGCGUGUCUGGGAGAACAGUGACUUCAACUUUGACGACGUGCUCCAGGGGAUGAUGGCUCUGUUCGCUGUCUCCACCUUCGAAGGAUGGCCAGCACUCCUGUACCGGGCCAUAGACUCCCAUUCAGAGGACCUGGGCCCUGUCUACAACUACAGAGUCGUCGUGUCCAUCUUCUUCAUCAUCUACAUCAUCAUCAUCGCCUUCUUCAUGAUGAACAUCUUCGUCGGUUUCGUCAUUGUCACCUUUCAGGAGCAGGGAGAGCAGGAGUACAAGAACUGUGAGCUGGACAAGAACCAGCGUCAGUGUGUGGAAUAUGCCCUGAAGGCCCGUCCCCUACGUCGGUACAUCCCUAAGAACCAGUACCAGUACAAGGUGUGGUACGUGGUCAACUCCACCUACUUUGAGUACCUGAUGUUUACUCUCAUCCUGCUGAACACCAUCUGUCUGGCCAUGCAGCAUCACGGCCAGACCCACUCCUUCAACGAUGCUAUGAACAUCCUCAACAUGCUCUUCACCGGCCUCUUCACUGUGGAGAUGAUCCUUAAACUCAUCGCCUUCAAACCACGGGGUUACUUUAGUGAUCCUUGGAAUGUUUUUGACUUCCUCAUCGUAAUUGGCAGCAUAAUAGACGUCAUUCUGAGUGAGAUCAACCAUUAUUUUGUUGAUGCAUGGAACACAUUUGAUGCCUUAAUAGUUGUGGGUAGCGUUGUUGACAUAGCGAUCACUGAGGUUAACCCAGCUGAUUCCUCUACCACCUCCUCCUCCUCCUCCUCCCAACCCCCCGCGGUAAGAACAAUGGGACUACAAAACUCUGAAGAUAACGCCAGGAUCUCCAUCACCUUCUUCCGGCUGUUCAGAGUGAUGAGGCUGGUCAAACUGCUGUCUCGGGGAGAAGGGAUUCGGACCCUGCUGUGGACCUUCAUCAAGUCCUUUCAAGCCCUCCCCUAUGUAGCACUGCUCAUAGUGAUGCUCUUUUUCAUCUACGCCGUCAUUGGGAUGCAGAUGUUUGGUAAGAUAGCCCUGAGGGACAACAGUCAGAUCAACAGGAACAACAACUUCCAGACCUUCCCCCAGGCUACACUCCUGCUCUUCAGGUGUGCCACAGGCGAAGCGUGGCAGGAGAUCAUGCUGGCAUGCGCCCCCAUGCGACCCUGUGAGAAGGGGUCAGAGGUGGGACCAGCCAGCGAGGACCAGUGUGGGAGUCACUUCGCUAUCUUCUACUUCGUCAGCUUCUACAUGCUCUGUGCCUUCCUGAUCAUCAACCUGUUUGUGGCUGUGAUCAUGGAUAACUUUGACUACCUGACCAGAGACUGGUCUAUUCUAGGACCUCACCACCUGGAUGAGUUCAAGAGGAUCUGGGCUGAGUACGACCCAGAGGCCAAGGGUCGUAUCAAGCACCUAGAUGUGGUAACUCUGUUGAGGAGGAUUCAGCCUCCUUUGGGCUUCGGGAAGCUCUGUCCUCACCGGGUGGCCUGCAAGCGUCUGGUCUCCAUGAACAUGCCCCUGAACAGUGAUGGCACAGUCAUGUUCAAUGCCACCCUGUUUGCCCUGGUGCGGACAGCACUGAGGAUCAAGACUGAUGGUAACUUGGAGCAGGCGAACGAGGAGCUCCGGGCCAUAGUGAAGAAGAUCUGGAAGAGAACCAGUAUGAAGCUGCUGGAUCAGGUGGUGCCCCCUGCUGGAGAUGAUGAGGUGACGGUUGGGAAGUUCUACGCCACCUUCCUGAUCCAGGAGUACUUCAGGAAGUUUAAGAAGCGUAAAGAGCAGGGCCUGGUGGCCAAGGUGCCCCCCAAGACGGCUCUCUCCCUGCAGGCGGGCCUGCGGACGCUCCAUGACAUGGGUCCUGAGAUCCGGAGGGCCAUAUCAGGUGACCUCACAGUGGAGGAGGACCUGGACAAGUCGAUGAAGGAGCCGGUCUCGGCUGCGUCCGAGGACGAUAUCUUCAGGCGAGCGGGUGGGUUGUUCGGCAACCACGUCAGCUACUACAACGACGGGCGCGACAGCGGACGCAACACCUUCCCACAAUCCUUCACCACGCAGCGCCCGCUCCACAUCAGCCAGACGGGCAGCCCCGGCGAGGGCGAUUCCCCGUCCCACGAGAAGUUGAUGGACUCUACCACCUUCACCCCGAGCUCCUACUCUUCCUCGGGCUCCAACGCUAACAUCAACAAUGCCAACAACACGGCGGUCCCCGGUGUGGUAGUGGGGGUUGGUGGUCCAGGGGGGGUCAGCCGUUUCCCGAGCCCCAGCAUCAGUACAGUGGACGGGCAGAGCGGACCCCCGCUAACCCCGAUACUACUGCCGAGGUCUACAUGGUGCUUCCCUCCCAAGAGGAUGGGUUUCUAUGACUCCCUCAUGCGCUCGGACUCCACUGACAGCCGUCUGCCGUUCAUCAGGCGAGAGGAGGCGUCGACGGACGAGACGUACGAUGAGAGUUACGCGGACGAGAGAGAAUACCGCCGAAGCGACCAGAACAUUCUCACCUCAGACAUGCUGGUAUAUCAGGAUGAGGAGAACAAGCAGCUGACUCCUAUGGAGGAAGGAGAGGAUGGGGGAGACAGGAGACCCUGGCACUCUCCCAGACGAGCCUUCCUCUGUCCCACAGCUCUGGGUCGGCGGUCGUCCUUCCAUCUGGAGUGUCUGAGGAGACAGACGAGAGCAGAUGUCUCCCAGAAGACAGUACUACCGCUGCACCUGGUACACCAUCAGGCACUAGCAGUAGCAGGUCUGAGCCCCCUGCUUCGACGGAGCCACUCCCCGACCCUCUUCACACAGCUCUGCUCUACGUCUCCUACCAGUCCCACAGGCCGGGGUAGCCAGGCCUCCUACCAGCGUGUGCCCACCCUUCGUCUCCAGGGCACGGGCCCUGGCACCGGCUCCUACGAGCUCAACUCCAGCCUGCCCUCGGUCAACUGUGGGCCUUGGUACAGCGACAGCAACGGGAACAGUCCCGGUAUCAGCCCUAGGGUGGGUACGGCUAACCAGCGGCCGCCGCGGCCCGUCUCCCUCACUGUGCCUAGCACAGUGCACAAGGACGCUACAUCGUUGUCCCACGGUAGCGCCGGCAGUCUGGUGGAAGCUGUGUUGAUAUCAGAGGGUCUGGGCCAUUUCGCUCAGGACCCGUCCUUCAUCGAGGUGACCAAGCAGGAGCUGGCGGACGCGUGCGACAUGACCAUCGAGGAGAUGGAGAACGCAGCCGACAACAUCCUCAACGGCAACAGCCAGCCCAGUCCCAACGGCAACCUUUUACCCUACAUGCACUGCAACAUGGACCAUGCUGCUUCCCAGGAGCCAGGCCUCAGCGAUGGGCCUGGGGCCGGUCGGGGGGCCACGGCCCCUGGGGAGAUUGAGGAGCUACUAGGGGCCACUCACCUAGGGCAGCACGGGGAUCCGGAGGAUGAGGAGGGGUUGGAGGUGGUGGGAGGGGAGGAAGAGCACACCGGGGGUGUGGAGGUGGUGGUUGAGGUUGGGCAGAGGAACAGCGGCCUGUUGGAGGAUGAGGACAUGGAGUGUGUGACCAGUUUGUAGGGUUGGACCCUCACACACACAGCAGCAACAGUGAACCUCUGGACCCCCUCUAUCUCUCUCUCUCUGUCUGGACCCCCCUCUAUCUCUCUCUCUCGGUCUGGACCCCCUCUAUCUCUCUCUCUCGGUCUGGACCCCCUCUAUCUCUCUCUGUCUGCUGGAUGAGACCUGGCGUCGGCGGUCCACAGACCAUUACUUCUAAACAUACGUAUUUCCUUUUAUGGAAGACAUUUUAUUUGAUGGGAUUGAGAUGGGUUUUCGUGUGUGUGUGUGUGUGUGUGUGUGUGUGUGUGUGUGUGUGUGUGUGUGUGUGUGUGUGUGUGUGUGUGUGUGUGUGUGUGUGUGUGUGUGUGUGUGUGUGUGUGUGUAUGUGUGUGUGUGUGUUUAGGUGUGUCUCUGGGUGUUUCAAAAGUGCCUCACAGUUAUCACGUCCUUGAACGAAUGGAGGAGAAUAGAGGAGGAGUAGGGGAGUCAAUAUGAAAAGGACAACAGUCAGGAGAAUAGAGGAGGAGUAGGGGAGGAGUAGGGAAGGAGUAGGGGAGCCUAUAUGAAAAGGACAACAGUCAGGAGAAUAGAGGAGGAGUAGGGGAGCCAAUAUGAAAAGGACAACAGUCAGGAGAAUAGAGGAGGAGUAGGGGAGGAGUAGGGGAGGAGUAGGGGAGCCUAUAUGAAAAGGACAACAGUCAGGAGAAUAGAGGAAGAGUAGGGGAGGAGUAGGGGAGGAGUAGGGGAGGAGUAGGGGAGCCUAUAUGAAAAGGACAACAGUCAGGAGAAUAGAGGAGGAGUAGGGGAGGAGUAGGGGAGUCAAUAUGAAAAGGACAGCAGUCAGGAGAAUAGAGGAGGAGUAGGGGAGGAGUAGGGGAGUCAAUAUGAAAAGGACAACAGUCAGGAGAAUAGAGGAGGAGUAGGGGAGGAGUAGGGGAGCCAAUAUGAAAAGGACAACAGUCAGGAGAAUAGAGGAGGAGUAGGGGGAGGAGGUAGGGGAGGAGUAGGGGAGCCUA